AUGGAGGGCAGCAUAAAACAGCUCAGCCUGGAGAGGGAGUCUGAGGGGGCAGGGGACAGGCAGGACCUGGCUGACCUCCAGAUGCUGGCCCUGAAGUGGUUCAUGGAGACACAGGCCCCCCUCAUUCUGCAGAAUGGCGUCCUGCCCCCCUGGUUUCACGGAUUCAUCACCCGCAAGCAAACGGAGCAGCUACUCAGGGACAAAGCUCUUGGCUCCUUCCUCAUCCGCCUCAGCGACCGGGCCACUGGCUACAUCUUGUCCUACAGGGGCAGUGACCGCUGCCGGCAUUUUGUCAUCAAACAGCUCCAAAACCGGUGCUACCUCAUCUCGGGGGACACCCACAGCCACAGCUCCCUGGCUGAGCUCGUGCGCUAUUACCAGGAAAUGCAGCUGGAGCCCUUUGGGGAGACCCUGGCUGCCGCCUGCCCCCGGCUGGAGGACAAUGAUCUGUAUGAUGCUGUCGGCCUGGGCCUCCGCCAGACCAACCCAGGCCUGGAAAGUCAGCCUGCCAUGGCGUCCCCCACCCUGGCUGCAGGCAAGGCCGCCAGCUCCCGUUCCUCUCCAAAGCCUCAGGUCUCCUUCCUCCACACAAACAAGGGCCUGGAUAUGAGUCCCAGGAACCUCUUCGAGAAGGAAACUAUGGAGAUCUCCUUCAGGGUGCCCCCACUCCCUGAGAGGAGUGCCUCCCUCCUGGACAAGUCUUUUGGAGGGCCCAAUGACAUCAUCUAUGCAGACGUGAAGAAGAUGAACAAGGCCCAGCUAGGCCUGCGCAGAGAGGUAUCCAGCAGGCAGGGGCCAGUUCUCACUGGCAGCCAGUCCUGCUCCCCAACCAGGGGGGCCCCAAGGAGACCCUUGGAUGGAGGCCAGAACAGGCCUGAUGGCCCAGGGCCUGUCCUUGCUGGGGUGAGCCCAGACCAGGGCUCAACAGUGUCUCCCACUUUCUGGGGCUUCCUCCUACCCACUAGUCCUGAGGCUCUGGGAUCCCCAGCUGUGACCUGGAGCCAGGGGUCUCUGACUCUGAGUCACUCGUCUCGGUCCUGCUCCCAGGACAGCUCUGCAGACAUCUAUAGGCUCAUUGGGACAGCAGGCCUCCCGCAACAGGCUGCGGAUGCACCAGACUGCGGAGAUGGUACCUACGAGCAGAUCCCGGCCUGCUGGGCCGGCCCAGCCAGGCCCCCACAUCCUGGGUCCAGUCCCACCUACAGCAAGCUGUCAGGGCCCGUGGACUGUGACUACAAGAGGAUCCCAGAGCCCGGAAACACCCAUGAGCAAAUUCCAGCAGCCAAGAGCAGGGAGACUGGACAGACAAACAAGCCUGACAAGCUCCGGAGGCUCUUCACGGACAAGAAGCACAAAUUCUGA